UCUGACUCCUUCCUUCACCAACAUUUUUUUUUAGCUGGAUCGAAUACACUGAAAGUAGUGGAGGUUCAAUCUCUCUGAUAUAAAAAAAAAAACUCAUACGAUAUCGUUUCCAAGAUGGCGUUGGACCUCCGAAUUGGAAACAAAUAUCGCAUUGGACGUAAAAUUGGAAGUGGCUCCUUUGGUGAUAUUUAUCUAGGAACAAACAUUGUUUCUGGUGAGGAAGUAGCAAUCAAGUUAGAGUCUACAAGGGCCAAACAUCCUCAACUGGAAUACGAAUAUCGAGUUUACCGCAUUUUGUCAGGUGGAGUAGGAAUCCCCUUUGUCCGUUGGUUUGGAAUAGAAUGUGACUAUAAUGCUAUGGUUAUGGAUCUUCUAGGACCAUCGAUGGAAGAUUUGUUUAAUUUUUGUAGUAGAAAGUUCUCUUUGAAGACAGUUCUUCUACUUGCUGACCAGUUGAUAUCACGAAUCGAAUUUAUUCAUUCCAAGUCGUUCUUGCAUCGUGAUAUUAAGCCUGAUAACUUUUUGAUGGGUAUUGGAAAACGCGGUAAUCAGGUUAAUGUAAUUGAUUUUGGUUUGGCAAAGAAGUAUCGGGACCACAAAACCCAUCUUCAUAUUCCUUACCGUGAAAACAAGAACCUUACCGGUACUGCUCGUUAUGCAAGUAUUAACACUCACUUGGGUAUUGAACAAUCGCGCCGUGAUGAUUUGGAGUCAUUGGGCUACGUAUUGGUUUACUUAUGCCGCGGAAGUCUUCCUUGGCAAGGGUUGAAGGCUGCAACAAAGAAACAAAAGUACGAAAAGAUCAUGGAAAAGAAAAUCUCUACUCCUACUGAGGCUUUAUGCCGUGGUUUUCCUCAGGAAUUUGCCAUUUAUUUAAAUUAUACUCGCUCUCUUCGUUUCGACGACAAGCCAGAUUAUGCUUAUCUUCGCAAACUCUUCCGAGACCUGUUUUGCAGACAGAAUUACGAGUUUGACUAUAUGUUUGAUUGGACUUUGAAGAGAAAAUCUCAGCAGGAUCAGCAAAAUCAACAGCAGCUGCAACAUCAAUUGGCCGCAUCAGCGCAGGUUACGUCGCCGCCUGAACGUUCAUCCUUCAAAAACUAUCAAAAACAGUCAUUUGAUGACAAAGGCGAAGUGAAAACUACCGCUCCUGUAAUCAGUGAUAUGCCUACACCCACCGCUCAGUAUAUUCAAAGACCCAACUAAAUUUAAUAAUUUUAGCCGAAUUACUUAUUCUUUUACCUCAUUUCUAUCUUAUCCCAUCCAAUGUCUCCUUUGAUCACCGUUUAUGUGUGCUGUUUGUUUUUAAUUAGAAGCAAUGACUUAUUUUCAUCCAGCAAUUCUGUGGUUAGUUAUCAUGUGUUCUCAUAUGCUUUUUUCCUUUCUAUUCGAAUGACUCAUUGAUUUUACUGCCAUCAAUUUUUGCUUAGAAUUGGGUUUCUCUUAUUUCUUACUUAACCUGGGCUGAAUGGAUGCACCUUGGAUACUUCAUAGUUCUUUAUGAAUUCUCCGUUUAGUAUUGAGCCGGUGAGUAACGAAAUGCGGUUCUAUUUUUUUCACGAAUCUAGGGUAUUAUGAAUUGAUGAAGGAUAAUCUGAACGGAUAACCUAGCCUUUGAUUUUGUAACUUAAAUUUUUCUUCUGGUAAAGGGUAGGUUCCCAUUGUGUACGUUUCGUUUUGACAUUUUUUAUUGUCCUUACAUUGAGAAUAUAUACGAUAUGAGUGGUUUGCCUAAUAGUUUCCUAAUUGAAAGCUACCCAUGAAUAGGUUGCUCUAUUUUAAUGCUUUGAUUACUGUAGCGGCUUCCAGUUCUAUGUUAUUUAUUAAAUAAUUCAAGUUUGUACUUUCCAAGGUAGAUGCGCUUAUCGUUUUUCAAUUUAUGUUUCAGUUUAUUUUGUCCUGUGAAGUCAAUUCUUAUCGCAUAAAGUCAAAGCAAGUAUUCACCAUUC